UAUUAAAUGUAAGUGAAUUAAAUACUCCAACUAAAAGGUGUAAAUAGGAGGACUGGAUAGAAAUAUAUGAUCCAACUAUAUGGCUUGGAGGAACACUUUAGGUUCAAAGACAUAAAUAGGUUAAAAGUAAAAGGAUGAGAGAAUAUAUACCAUGCAAGCAGUAACCAAAAGAGAGAGAGAGAGAUGCCGCCCUGCUCUCCUCAGCCUCCGGCCUGCCAUCUCCUUGAGACCUAACACCAUGCCUUCAAUUAAGUUGCAGAGUUCUGAUGGAGAGAUAUUCGAAGUUGAUGUUGAAAUUGCACAACAAUCUGUGACUCUCACGACCAUGUUGGAAGAUUUGGGAAUGGAUGAUGGAGGAGAUGGUGAUCCAGUCCCCUUGCCAAAUGUUAAUGCAGCAAUAUUAAAGACGGUCACUCAGUGGGGCACCCCCCACAAGGAUGCUCCUCCUCCUCCUGAGGAUGAUGAGGAGGAAGAAGAGCGAGCGGAUGACGCCCCUGUUUGGGAUUAAGAAUUCCUGAAGGCUAACCAAGGAACACUUUUCGAGCUCAUAUUGGCUGCAAACUACUUAGACAUCAAAGGUUUGCUUGAUGUUACCUGCAAGACUGUUGCCCAUAUGAUCAAGGGGAAAACUCCUGAGGAGAUUCGAAAGACAUUCAAUAUCAACAAUGAUUUUACUGAAGAAGAGGAAGCCCAGGUACGCAAAGAGAACCAGUGGUGUGAGGAGAAGUGAAGUUUUGUGUCUGACACUGUACACUGUAAGGAUUGUUCCAAAUGCUAGUUGCACUGCUUUAUUUAUAAUUGUUAAUAUUAGAAAAACAGUCAACAGAUGCAGCAGCAAAUCAGUUGUAUUAGCGGAAUGUUGUCCUCUUGCAUGUGUAGUUUCAGUAGAUUCCACACUUAUGGCUCCGUUUCUUCCAGUUUGAUCAAAAGUUCUUUUUUCUUUGCUCUGAAUAAAAUUGAACUGUGGGUUCUCUAUAGAAAGUGGCAUUUUGAGCUUUCCCUCUUUUUGUAAAGCAAUUUCUAGUUUGUUGUCCAGUUAACUUUAGUGACUUUUAAAAGUUGGCACUGUAAA